UAGCUAGCUUGAGGUUACAGAGGGUAGCCGUAUUACUGCUGCAAAUAUUCUCCGUGGCCUUUACGAUUUAUAUACCUAAAUCUCACCGAAUACAUUAUUGUGUCGGUGUUGUUAUUUGUGUACAAUUUCCGGCCACAAGCUCAUUGACAAAGAGGACGACUCGUGUCUCUGAUGACGGUAAACAGAGCGCGAAACUGAAUUGUCAUUCAUUUUUUAAGCCAGCUUUUUAGCUAGCAAGCUAACUUGUUUACGCGUGCUGCAAGUGGAGAAGAACAUAACGUGGUUUUCAUGGCCGCGGGAUAUUGAAUGUUAGAAAGCUGUUGAGUGAGUGUUAGCGUUUCACACGGUUUGUCUCCGUCCGUCUGUCGUGUGCAUUUUUGGUGCGUCACAUUAACAAACUCGACGCUACAAACUCGUGUGCAUCGUCCCUGUGUUUAGCUUUAGCUCAGUUAGCUGCCUUCACUAGCAGCGACCAGCCAAUACGUGACCAUGUCCGAAUUGUACAUUCGCGUGGCCGAGGAUGAAAGCGAAGAGCCCAUGGAGAUCCCCUCAGAGGACGAUGGGACCAUAUUACUGUCCUCGGUAGCAGCACAGUUUCCAGGGGCGUGCGGGCUGCGGUACAGGAACCCGGAGUCCCAGUGCAUGAGAGGGGUCCGGCUCGUGGAGGGGGUCCUGCAUGCACCUGAGAACGACUGGGGAAACCUGGUGUAUGUUGUCAAUUACCCCAAAGAUAACAAAAGGAAGAUGGAAGAAAUAGAUGCUGCCUCGGCUGUAAAAGUAAAAAGGGGCUUUCAGAAGACGUCAGAUCUCAUUGUCCUCGGGCUGCCGUGGAAAACAUCAGAACAAGACCUGAAAGAUUAUUUCACUACCUUUGGCGAGGUCAUCAUGGUGCAGGUCAAAAGAGAUUUGAAGACUGGCAACUCAAAAGGAUUUGGGUUUGUCCGGUUCACUGAGUAUGAGACACAAACCAAAGUGGUCGCUCAGAGGCACAUGAUUGAUGGACGAUGGUGUGACUGCAAACUUCCCAACUCUAAGGCGGGUCCCGAUGAGCCCAUGAGGAGCCGAAAAAUCUUUGUCGGCCGCUGUACAGAGGACAUGACCACCGAUGAGCUGAGGCAGUACUUCAUGCAGUAUGGUGAAGUCACUGAUGUCUUCAUUCCAAAACCUUUUCGGGCAUUUUCCUUUGUUACGUUUGCCGAUGACCAGGUUGCCCAAGCCCUGUGUGGAGAGGACUUGAUCAUCAAGGGCAUCAGCGUGCACAUCUCCAACGCUGAGCCCAAACACAAUAAUAGUAGGCAAAUGAUGGAUCGAGGGCGGUUUGGGGCUGGUGGGUUCAGUCAGGGCUAUGGCAAUAACCGUGGAGGGCUAGGCAGCGGUAGUGGGGGGGUUAACUUUGGGGCUCUCGGCCUUAACCCGGCAAUGGUGGCGGCUGCCCAGGCAGCGCUGCAGAGCAGUUGGGGGAUGAUGGGCAUGCUGGCUAACCAGCAGGGUCUGACCACGGCGGCAGGCACAGCCACUACGGCCCGAGACCCCACCUAUAGCUCCUCCAGCACCAGUUACAGCAGCCCCAGCUCAGCCAGCCUCGGCUGGGCGGCAGGCACCAACACCCCCUCCAACAGUGGCUUCAGCUCCGGCUUUGGCACCUCUAUGGAGUCUAAGUCUUCUAGUUGGGGAGUGUAGAUAGCUUGAAGCUUUUCAGUUGCUAUUAGGCUAAUCUGGUAAGUAUACCUACAGCUGGGGACUGCUUAUAUCUUAUGUUCCUAUUACUAAAAUAUACUGCCUUUUAUUUUGUUAAAGAGAAAGUUUAUACUUGCGUGUGACUGAUAAUGUAGUCAUGCAUUGAAUGGGUGAAAAGUUUAGUUUGUUAGUGGAAACUGCCACACUCCAUUUUUUUUUCUUUUUUUUUUAGAAAAUGUUAAAGAGAGAUGACUGUGCAUGCGAGAUAAAUAUUUAUAAACAUGCACGAGUAUCUCGAGAGCCCCUCAUCCCCUUUGUAAAACGGGCUUAUUAUAAUUGUAUAUCUGUAUGCAGUUGAUUGCUUAUUUUGUUUGUUUUUGUUGUGGUCUUUGGAAACGCCUUCAUGAAAAUCUCUUCUGCAGUUCACCAACUUUUCCCCAAUUUCCCGGGAGGAAGCGCCUCAUUGGCAGCAAUGUUCGACCGGUCUCAGUAUCAAUUCCCCUCUUCCCAUGUGUAAAUGCUUUGCCAUCAAAGAACACAGCUUCACUCUGCAUAUACUGUGUUAGACGGUGGGUGUUGUCUUUUUUCCUCUCACCUUUUUAUGGAUAUAGAAAUCUUGUCUGCUCUUUUCACUUCUCAAGCUCAAUGAGUGGGAUUGAUGUUGGACCGAGUGAGUGAGCGAACGGGAGAGCAAAAUGAAAGAAGUGUGAGAAGGACUGUUUGUGCAUUUUUUUUUUUUUUUUUUAAAAGAAACAAAUGCCUGCGAGAGUUGAGAAGAACCAGUGGCUUUGUGCGAGUGUGAGAGGAAGAAGCAAGUACGAGUGUGCCCCUAAUGACAUCACAAGGACAUUUAUCGCGUCUUGAGAUCCCUUAUGGUCUCUGCUUUCUCUCAUUGUUUUCUAUCAACCUUAUUAAUUCUUUAAAAAACAGUGAAAUGUCAAGUGCUAUGAGUAUAUGUACGUUUUUUGUAGCUUUCUCUUGCUGUCUGAUUUGAUGUGAAUGCUGUGUCUGGUUGUGUGCUUUAUUUUUCUCCUUGUUACCACCCUUUCUGUGUGAAAAUGUGACUUUGUGUUCGUGAAGUCUGUGUGGGGAAAACACUGAAAGUGUGUUGAAGUUUGAGGUUGAUAUGGAGAAUGUUUGUCUGACAAGUUCCCAUUGAAAGUUUGGGUUUGAAGUGGUUACGAAUGCAUUUUCUAUGUUUUGUGAAUCAAAGGGAAGUCUGAAAUAAAACUGAAUUUGACUAGGUAUAAUACAA